AUGCAGACGACGACCACCACAGCGGCCAGCUCUUCCUCAUCGUCCGAUGCCACUGCCCCGACAUCUGGCUCGGCUUUCUUCUUCCGCCACGACGUGCAGCACGGGGGGCGGGCGUAUGGGCUGCACCCACCCCGCACCAUCUACCCGCUCGUCAAGACGGCCCACCUCGAUUUCGGUGUGGAGGAGGUGGAGGUCGGGAGUGAGAUUCCGUGGCACCACCAUGACGACAAGGAGGAGGUAAUCUUCGUGUGGCGCGGCCAAGGUCAAGCGUACAUCGAGACAGACCAGGUGGCGGAAGGCGUGGCGACGGCUGGCGUGGAAUCGAGCGACCUGCAAGCGGGAGUGACCAUGUAUAUCACAUGGACCUUUGCGCCACCGGGUGAUGGGUUCGAAGCUGCCCUCAUCAAGCAGAAGCAGAGCCAGCCACAGGCCUGA